UAUACGUUUCUUACUUCAGUACAACUUUCGACAGCUCAACUCGAGCCUCCAGAGGAGCAAAGAAGACGUUUCGAAAUAGAGUGCGAAUUCGUCCAGGCCCUGGCUAAUCCUCAUUAUGUAAAUUUUCUGGCACAGCGUGGGUUUUUGAAGGAGCAGCAUUUCAUUAAUUAUCUGAAAUAUCUUUUAUACUGGAAACAGCCAGAAUAUGCCAGGGCUUUGAAGUACCCGCAAUGCCUGCAUAUUCUCGAAUGUCUUCAAUGCAAUAAUUUUCGAGAGGCGCUUACUUCAGGAGCAAAUGCAAAGUUCAUAGAAGAUCAACAAGUUCUCCAAUGGCUGUACUAUUUGCGGAAGCGCCAACGGUUGCAUGUGAGAUUUUAG